UGCAUGCAUGCUCCUCCCUUUUUUGUUAUGGACACACACCAACCCCCUGUGAUGCCAAGCCAACCUCUCCAUGGCUGAGCAUGUCUGUCGAGGCGGUAUAAUCUAAAACCGAACCGGGAUAUUAUUAUUAUUAUUAUUAUUAUGGAGCCGGCGACGUGCUGACGCAGAUGCGAUGGUGCAUGAAAAAGACACUUGGUCUCCACGGCGGCAUGAACUAUGAGCAGAGGAACACUGAGAGAGAAAUCUGAGUCACUAUAAUCCAUCUGGACAUCAGGGUGGGAUGAUGAGGACCGUGAUGGCUCCGAUGAAAACAGCAUUAUUCGUAUUUGUACACUGGGUGCUCCAGUUCGCUGUGUGUCGUGACGUGACACUUCCCGUUGGACCCCUCUACCGCGUUGCAGGGUUCCCCCUCUCCCUGCCCUGUUCUGUGUCAGCGUAUGACGGCCCACGUACGCAAGAGUUUGAGUGGUUCUUGUACAGGGAAGAUUCUGGUGGGAGGCAGAUGGGAGUGGUGUCCACCAGGGAUAAGGGCUUCCCCUAUGCCCCGUUUCAGCCCCGGGUGAGGAAUGGGGAGGUGAGGGUGGAGAGGGACUCGGGUGACAAGGUCCGGCUGGUCAUCCAGAGGCUUCGAGCCGAAGACCAGGGGAAGUUCGAGUGCUACACACCCAGCACGGAUAACACGUACCAGGGGAACUACAGUGCCACAGUGGCUGUUAAAGUGAUCCCUGACACACUCCAGAUCAGCUAUUCCCGCUCACUGACCGGGCAGCCCAUGCCAGAGGGGGCCGAAUUAACGCUGACAUGCUCAGCUGGCAUCCAAUCGGAGCAGCUCACCCAUCUGUCCAUCAUGUUUGGGAAACGUUUGGGGAGCGAGGCGGGAGGGGAGGUCAGCACUGUUAGAGAGAUUAUCUCCAUCGACAAGCUGAUGGGGGUCGUCCCUGGACGUUUGUACAAGAAGCGGUAUGAUGAUGGAGAGAUCACGCUGGAGAAAAGAAACGGGGUGGCCGGACUGGAUUUGUACGUUAUGAAGAUGAGAGCGGUGCAGCCAGAUGACACCGGCUCGUAUUUCUGUGAGGCCUCACAGUGGAUUCGUGACCAGGAUCGAUCGUGGCAGAAGAUCGCACAAAGGACCAUGGAUAUUGGCAACUUGACUGUCCAGCAACUAGCGGAGUCUCUGAGUGUAUCAUCCUCACCUAAAGGGGAGGUAACCCUGCAGGUUGGUUCUCCUCUCAUCCUGACCUGUGAGGUACUGGGCCUGCCGUCUGAAGUAAACUCUGGCCUGCUGGUUCAGUGGAUGAAGAGGGGAACUAUAAGCAGCGAUGGAGUUAGGCCCGGCAGAGUUGAGGUGGAGGUGGCCCGGAUGAGUCCCGACGGUGUUGUGAGUUGGGGAGACGACCUCAGCCGAGCUAGCGGGGGCUCUAUGGAGAAAGUGGCAGAGGGGAGGUACUCUCUGAAACUGUUCUCAGCCCGGCCUUUAGACUCAGGGGUGUAUCGAUGUGUGGUGAGUGUGUAUGCUGGAAGAAGUAACCCUAGCCCCUCGACUCCUGCAACACUUACCCAGAGGUCUGAGGGAGUCACUGUCAACCUCAAGACCAAAGAUGUGCUAGUUUCAGCUGUGGCUCAGCUCCCUCGAGGCCCCCUGUUAAAAAGAGGCAGCACCAUCACCCUGAUCUGCAACGCCACCGUGACAACCACAGGUCCAGCCCAGGCACAGGUGCAGUGGCUACGGUGGCCAAUUCCAGAUUUUAAGAGGGAACGGGACUCAACAUCCGAUGUUACUCUACCAGACCCCCCUGUUGUGGAAAAACCCAGCCUGGUAGCUGCCCUCAUGUACGACGGUGUUGCCAAGAUCUACGCCAACAGUAGCGAGGUUAGCGUCGACCGUCUGUCCGCUGUCAGCUACAGACUGAGGGUCCACACUGCAACUAUGGAGGAUCAGGGCAUGUAUGCGUGUCACGCAGAGGCGUGGGGGCAGGACCCACAUGGAGGCUGGUACAACACAGGGUCCAAAGCGGAGUCAAAUGCAGUGACUGUUUACCUGUAUGCCAGAGCUGUCGACCUCCUCCUCAUCCCCUUGGUCAUUGGAGUCUCCUCUGCUUUGUUUGUGGGCAUCGUCAUCAUCGCGACAGUGACUUGUUGCUUUAUGAAGCGACUGGCGAGGCAACGUGCUCGAAAAUAGGCGUCAACUGUCGCUGUCCGAAAUAUGAAUGUUCUCGAAGAGGCACAGAGAGGCGAUGCGUAGAACAAAAUGGAUGAAAAGGCCAAGAAAUAACUCCCAAGACAAAAUGACUGUCACCCUGUUAGAUGAUUUUGUGUUUUGACCUACCUGUUUAACAAUCAAUGCCAAAAGAUUCAGUUUUAUAAAUCUCUUGUAUUUUUAUAUCCAAACCUUGUCUGAAAUAACAUAUUUUAGUGACUGCUGCAUCUCGCACUGGUAGGUGUAAUAUUCUAGAUUUUUGAAGCCACCACCUAAUUGCCCUUCUCAGCUCCUCAAGUGGGCAAAAACUCAGUUUUUUUUGAGUCUGUUUCCAUGUGAGUCUAACCCACAUUUUUAAUUAUCCCUUUGACUCAGCUUAUUAUUGUUUCUACUGGAAAAGGGUCAAAAUACACAGGCAAGAUUUUUUGACAAGCAGGUACUGCCGGUUUACUUUGAGUCUCACAGAUGUGAGAAAUCUUACAGAUGCUGUAAAAGUAAUGUUUCUACGAUGGAAAGGCCAAGCAAAGUGCCCUCUCAAAGGUCAUAGUGUUAUUAUUGUAGUAUAAAGGUAUAAAUGGUUCUGCAGCCUGCCAGAUGUUUUUGAAUGAUGCUGGAUAUGUAAAUCACCCUGCUAUGAGUAAUGCUUCUAUUUUCAUGCAAACAGAAUAAUAUUCUGUGUUUUCACAAACUGUUGAUGCUGUUAUUUCCUAAAAACUGCAUGUUUUUUUUUCUUUUUGUUACAAACACAACAAGGUCUAGAAGAAAAAUGUUGUUUUUCUUUGCAUGGUUAAGCCUUUACCACUGCCACUGAUGGUCACAUGAAUGCUGAUGGGAGCAGUUAAGCCUUCUAGAAACUUAAAAUGAGCAGGAACCUUCCACCACCGCCUGCAGCCCAGCACCACUCUGCAUGUAAACAAAGUCUCUGUCUGUUAUUGAAUAAGGAAGGCGCUUGCUGGGGACUUUCUGAUGCCAAGGCCAAUUGAGUACUGAUUCUAAACACAAGCAUUCAUCGCCUGUGACGCUUCACGCUGUAGUUUUCUAUACGGACUUGUAUAGAUUCAAGGAAGACAAAUGGACGAGAGAUCCGUUAUGCACUGAGCUAAAAUAUGUAAAUACUAUAUGGAGUUUAGCUGUUUUAUUUUUCUUAAUGUAAGUAAAACUAUGCUGUAGCGCCAUGUUAGUUUUUGGCAGAGCACCUGUGUUAACAUUCUGCUGCAGUCUGUUCUGCUCUUGUGAAGCACUUGGACUGGGACCAAAGUCCCUCGGCUUUUUACUUGAUUUUCUCCCAGCUGAACUGUCUCUUCUUUGCUGUACUUGGAGCAAUUACUUUGAGUGUUUUUUGUGCGAUUAAUGGUUCCUUUGCUCUUGUCAAGUGACUGAGAUGGAAACUGUGAAAAAUAAUUCCCUGUUUGUUACACUGAGUAACAGAAAAACUGUUGUCUUGUGUCACGCUGUUGAGGAUAUUUGUCCCUCCCCUCACCCCCGAGGUAAAAAUUCCCCAUCGCAGUGCAGUCAUAUGACCUGAUAGUUUAGCGAAGUCCAACCAUCGUCGUCAUCAUAGUUAUCAUGUGGUUCAGGCCACACAUUUCUGCUGCCAAGACCUAUUAUGGCUAUAGCCCCUGCUGCUAGCCCACAGAAAUCUGUUGGACAGAUUUACUGUGUCUGUGCACUUAUAAUGAGUGAAAUCCAUCCUCCUCUUCCUGUUGAAAAUAACACUUACAAAAAGUUUGGUCACGAGAGUGUGCCCGCAUUGUGUGAUCAUCAAAAGCUGGGUACGUGUGGAAAGGAGGAGGAAAGUUAAAAUUCGUCGUUAUCCAGCUCUCUCGUGAGAGCUCAGUUUUUUUGCUUAUCUAAAUUGGUUUGAGACGAGGCUAUACUUUAACCGUCUCACUUUGUCUCAACUGUCUAUCUGACUCUGUCUCCUGGUUGGUUUUCGACGCGAGCGUCCCUCCAAAUCUGCCUGUCCUCCCUAACCUGUGUUCUAUAAACCCCGAUUAUAAAUGUUGUUCACGAACAUUAGGGAAUAAAAUCACAGCUCUUCUUGCUUCCUGAGCCACUUUGUUCCAGAUCAACUACUCAAAGCUGAUUUGUUCCCCUACAUACCCACCCACCACAUGAUUACACACAUACAUACACAUAGACAGAUGCACAUCAGCAGUGGCGUAGUGCUAGCUGGCUUUUCUGAUGGAAGUAAGUAUCUGCGUGUUCAUCUCUAAUCCCCAUUUAUGGCUGCAGUGUGUCCCGCCGCCCUUCCCCCCUCUCUGAGUGUGUUACAGAGUCAGUGCGGCUCCAGUUCGAUUUAUUUCAAUCCCUGUUCCCUGAGAAUUACAGCCAGCUGUAAAAAGUGUGGCACAUUGAGUGCAAAAUAUGAAAGCUAAGCUAAGUUGUGCUUUUGUUUGAGCUGUAUUAAACCCAUUUAUGAAGGUG